GAGAGAGGCUCCGCCCCUUUUCAGUCUCUCCCGUCCGCGCCGACUUGCCGCAGAGUCAGCCCGAGUUGAGACGGCGCCAUGGUUGCCGGCGGCCUGCGCGACUUCCUUUGCUUCGGCGGCGCGUGGCUCCUGCUGGCCGGCCUCCGCGAAGCGGCGGGAUGCCAACGGGUCAUCCAUGGACGAGCCGGCGAGGCGGCGGAGCUGGCGCCGUGCUUGCCGGGCCGAGACGUCACUUUUGCGCGCUGGAGCUUCGGAGGCAGGAAAGUGGCGGAGGCCGACGACGACGAAGACGGCGCUCGGGGCUCGGGCCGCUUCGCCGGCAGGCUGCGACUGGACCGCCGCAACUUCAGCCUGACGCUGGGACCCUUGACCCCGGACGACUCGGGCGUCUACAGCUUCGUGUCGGCCGUCAACGACAGCCAGCGGGAGACGGUCACGGUCACGCUGCGAGUUCACGAGGCCAUCGUGGCGGCGCCCGUGGUGAGCGUCAACGCCAGCCGGCGCGCCGGCAACCGCUCCUGCAGCGUCCUGCUGCGCUGCAGCGCGUCGGCCGGCGGCGGGCCGGUGGAGUACGAGUGGCGCGUGGGCAACCGAAGCCUGAGCGGCGCGUGGCUCAGCGUGUCGCCGCGGGGCGCCGCCGCCGAGGUCACGUGCACCGUCUUCAACGCCGUGAGCGCCAAGUCCAUCUCCGCCUCCGUGUCCUGCGACGACGCUGCCGCGUCGGCGAGAGAAUUGCCGAGCUUUGCAAUCAGCGUGGUGGCGGGAACUUUCGGUCUCCUCAUCGUGGCUGCCGUCAUCCUCGCGGCCGUCUUCCGCCGCAAAGCAAGCAGGACGCGCGAGGAGGCGACGGUCUACGCGGACAUUGGCGAGGUGACGGCGCCCUACGUGAGCGUGCGCGCCGCCGAGCAGCGCUCGCCGCCGGCCCCCGUGCAGACGCUCUACGACACCGUCCAGCUGGACCGCGUGGCCGUGCAAGGCCGCGCCCCUUAAGGCGCCAUCUUGUGGCCGCCGUUGGAGCAGCACCACCAAGAAACAGCGAGAAAACAUUUCCUUUGACGCUGCAUGCUCGCCAUUCCGCACUUGCCCAUUCGCAUAUUUGCCCUUUUUGGGGGGGGGGGGCUGCCCCCCCGUCCCCAGCCCAUAUUUUGUGUAAAACAUACGAUUGAUGUUUUCCAGAUGAUAAAUUUGUUGUCAUAA